GCAGUCCCUCUGAGCUGCUGCUAACUCCAUAUCCAGCCUCCUCCAGCCUUGGGGAACCCUACACCUCCUCCCCCUUCAGCCUGAGACUGAGAACUCUAAAGUCCCUCAGGUCCCCUCCUGUGUGUGAGGAUGUCUCUCUCAGGCAACAUGCUGCUGCUGGCUCUCCUUCCAUGUCUGCUUGGCAGAGUUGCUGCUCAGUUGACGAUGGAUGUCUGCUGCACUAGAGGGUAUGAAUGGGCCACUCAGAAGAAACAUUGUGACAACCUUCCAGAGACGUCAGACUCUAAGGACUGCAGAAUCACCCAGGAACAGUGCUGCAAUAACCAGCUGGAAGAUUUUCACUGCACCACAGGAAUUACAGCCGCCAAUGAGUUUGGAAACUGUCAUGAAAGUUUAGCGCAUGAAAAUAAUUCCAGCUGUGGAUCUCAUUUUGUGAAGAGGUGCUGUAACUGCUGCCUGCUUGGGAGGAACGCUCAGGCUCAGGGGCAGAGCUGUGAACAGAGCUUGUUUCUGGGAUACCAGUGCGGUCAAGUCUUCAGAGCCUGCUGUGUCAAAACUCAAGAAGUGUCUGAUGUCCCUAACCAAGACAUCAACAGGGAUGACGUUAACGUCUCUCCAAAUGACCCUGUAGAUGCUGAAGAUCCGUUUCUGCAUAAUGGCUGCAGAGGUGGUGGCCCCUGCAAUCAAAGGUGCAGUGAAAUAGGCUCCAGUGUGGUCUGCUCUUGCUAUACUGGGUACCAGCUGCAACCAGAUGGUAUCACAUGUGCAGAUAUCAAUGAAUGCAUCUCCGGAACCCACGCAUGCAAGAUAGGACAGCUCUGCAUUAAUUUGGUAGGAUCCUUCCGAUGCCAGCGGGAAACCAGCUGUGGUACAGGCUAUGAACUGACAGAGGAUAACAACUGUAAAGACAUUGACGAAUGUGUGACCGGCACACACAACUGCCUUCCCAACUUCAUCUGUCAGAAUACACCAGGAUCAUUUAGAUGUCGGCCUAAAGUAGUGUGCAGCAGCGGUCAUAUCCAAGAUGCUCUGGGCAACUGCAUCGAUAUAAAUGAGUGUUUGAGCUUAAGUGCACCGUGCCCUCCCGGACAGACCUGUAUUAACACUGAGGGAUCCUACAACUGCCAGCGGCACGUGGUGAACUGUGGACGUGGUUAUCAUCUUAGUGCUGAUGGUACAAAAUGUGAAGACAUAAAUGAGUGUGCCAGUAUCCAGAACCCAUGUGGUGAGGGGAAUACGUGUCUGAAUGUACCAGGUUCCUAUCGCUGUGACUGCAGCACAGGAUUUCAUUUUGAUUCUCUGAGUCGCACAUGCAUUGAUAUUAAUGAGUGUAGAACAUACGCUGGACGUGUCUGUGCGCACAAGUGCGAAAACACCGCUGGAUCCUAUUUCUGCAGCUGCACAACAGGGUUCAAGUUGUCAUUGGACGGCCGCUCUUGUGAAGAUGUGGAUGAAUGUGCCGGUAAUCCUUGUAGCCAGGAAUGUGCCAAUGUCUAUGGUUCAUAUCAGUGCUACUGUCGACGUGGGUACCAGCUGAGUGACUUGGAUGGCAUUACAUGUGAAGAUAUUGAUGAAUGUGCGCUGCCCACUGGAGGUCACAUCUGUUCAUAUCGUUGCAACAACGUUCCUGGAAGCUUCCGUUGUUCCUGCCCAGCAACUGGAUACACACUUGCACCCAACGGACGUAACUGUCAAGAUAUUGAUGAAUGUGUUACGGGAACACACAACUGCUCUGGCACUGAGACCUGCUUCAAUAUCCAAGGUUUCUUCCGCUGUCUAGCUUUUGAUUGUCCAAAGAAUUAUCGCAAAUCAGCAGAAACGUUUGAUAGAUCAGAUUCUGUGCGUUGCAUCAAGUCAUGCAGGCCAAACGAUAUUAACUGUGUUAUGGAUCCAGUGCACACUAUCUCCAACACGCUCAUCUCUCUACCCACAUUUAGAGAAUUCACACGUCCAGAAGAAAUCAUUUUCCUCCGCGCUAUAACACCUGCGUAUACAGGAGGGCCACAGCAUGACAUCAUAUUUCACAUAAGAGAGGGCAACCUGAGAGAUUCUUUUGAUAUCCAGAAGCGUUUUAUGGAUGGAAUGAUUGUUGGUGUUGUCCGCCAGGUGAAGCCGAUCAUUGGACCAUUCCAUGCCACACUGAAACUGGAAAUGAACUAUGUGUUGGGCGGAGUAGUUUCUCAUCGCAAUAUUGUCAACGUCAACAUCUUUGUCUCUGAAUUCUGGUUUUAAAUAUGUAGUUUCCAAGCCAGAUAACGUAUUUCACAAGAAAUGAAUUACUACAAGUUCUAGUAUGCGGUGUGCUCUAUUAUUAGAAGUAGUAAAAAAGAAACUAUACGUAGAGCAGAAAUAGUUUGAUGACUGUAGGAAACUCACCUUAAAAAUGUGUUCAUUAUUAUUUUUAAUAAUAAUAUUCUGGCUAUUGAUUAAGAGGGUGUAAAUACAGUAAGAGAGGUGGAACUUUAACUAACUUGUGCCAUAAAAAAGGUUGAACAAACACAAUAAGUUGAAAAAUACUUUACAUCUGUGUUUCAGACAAUGUCAUUUGGAACUGAAAUCCUAAUUAUGUUGUUCCAAAAGAGUUUCAGUUAUUUAGAUACAAUGAAAAUGCCAUCCUGUAAGAAAUUCUAGACAAUUACCCUUGUUCCCCACUGGAAGGCUGAAAAGAUUAAGCAGAAUUCUACUUAAAGCUCACCAAACCUUUUUAGAAACAUCUAACCACAAUUUUUUCCCCCUGAAAAAAUAUUUAGAAAAAUAAUAGAAAACAUCAGUAAUGCAAUUUCAUACAUUCAUUCCAUACACCUACAUUUUACUGUUUCAUUUUACUUAGGAAUGCAUAUUAAUUGCUAAAGGGAACAUUUCAGCUCUAUAAACCUAUUUUAAAGAACAGAUAAAAGAAGAAAAAUCAUAUUUAUAUAUUAACAGUUAUUGGUCUUCAGGAUAUUACUAAAGAUAUAUCCUAAAUUAUAAUAUGGCGUUAUAUCUUUAUGCGCAACUGGAGAACAGCUUUAUAAAAAAACAUUGUCUUGUGGUGUGAUUAACAGAUGACUGUGACAAAAUAAUCUGUACAUUUUUUAAACUUCUUUUAUUAAUAGAUGACAAACGAAAUCUGCUUCAUGUAUUCAGAACAUUUUACUUUUAAUAAGCAAACUUCCUCUGUCCUGUCUUAAGCUAAAAAAGGAAGGAUUGAUUAAAACCAAUGAUAAACAUAAUAUUUGCAUGCAACCAUAAUUCUGUUUUUUUUUUUUUAAUUAAAGAAAGAAAUAAAAAAAUGUGGGUAUAGACUAAGGGCGCCCAGCCCUCUUAUUAGGGUCCAUAACAUAUUUUAUUUUAGUUUUUAGGGCUGGAGAGUAAAUGUUACAAAUAUUAAUUAAAACAAAAAAUAUGCACAUAAACAGCACUAAAAUGUCCAAUAUUUUAGCUACAGAUAUAUUAUAAGUCCAUUCUUCUAAAGAUCACUUCUCGAAAAUUAUUUAACAUCCAUAUAUAGGAAAAACAUUAUGGGUCAUGUUUUCAAUGAGCAAAACCAGUUAUUCAAUUGCAACAAUAAACCUAAAGGAUGUAUUUUCAAUUAAUUUAAUACUAUAUAUAUAUAUAUAUAUAUAUAUAUAUAUAAACUGAUUCAUAAUCAUUAAUCUCCUCUUUGAUAGAUCAUUUUUUAGUACAAUGUCCCUUUAACAAUGUGGCAUCUUUAAAGGGUAGGGGUGGUGAAGUCAACCCUGAGAUUUACCCAUUAAAGAGGGACUGUCCACAGAUGGCUGAUUUGCAAAGUUCUAUAAACUACAAAUGUGUUUUUAAUGUGGGAUAGCACUGUAGUAUAUGUCACGUCAUUUCUAUAACUACACUGCAGUCAUGGAUCAUACAAUUGUAAAUUAAUAAACAGUGAGUUAAAGGAGAUAUUUUUUCUUUAAUUCUGUAAAAACUCAAAUCCCUACAGCCCUGACUUACUAUAACUGACAUCAGAUUAUUGCCAUCUAAGUGAUUCCAUUUAAUGGUUUUGUUAUAUUCAAGGUGCAAUGUGCUUUAAAAACAAAUCGACACAAGGUACAAUUAAUUUGUUUGAUUUUCUUUUGUUACUAAUAUUUUGUUACAAUAUAUGCAUGUGUCAUUUUUUUAAAUAAAACAGAGACCAUGUAAUUAUUUUGUGAUUACUAAUUAUGUUGUAACAAAGAGUGCAAUUUAAACUUUUAUAUAAAUAUUAAACAUUCACCUUAUUAUUUAUAUGGAAA